AUGGCUUUACCACGCUUUAGUCGUCUUGUUCGUUUUGUGCCACGGUCUGAUACAGCCAAGAUAUUGAUCGGCCAACCCGUUUCUCAACACACUGAUGUCGGCCUGGCACUAUACCAAGGUGCUGAUGUGCAGGUUGAAGUCUUCUCUGGAUCCUCAGUAUUGGCGCCUGGUGAAGCGACCGGAACCAUAGAAGCCAUAAGUCGUGUAUUGUCACCACUUGCCUCAAGCGAGGUUGGGACAAUUCGCUGCAUUGGGUUAAAUUAUAAGCACCAUGCAGAGGAGGUGAACUUAGACAUUCCCACAGUACCAACAGUCUUCCUGAAACCAAAUACUGCAUUAGGCGAUCCAUGGCCAGCUCCAACAGUAUUACCAACAUUAUCACAGAUAGACGACUGCGCUGAUUAUGAGGCCGAGCUCGCGGUCAUCAUUGGGAAAUCGGCCAAGAAUGUGACUGAAGCUGAAGCUAUGGAAUACGUGCUUGGGUACUCAGCUGCAAACGAUAUCUCGAGCCGGACAUCCCAAUUUAAUACAUCUCAGUGGUGCUUCUCUAAAGGAUUCGAUGGAUCUUGUCCACUAGGCCCGACGAUUGUUUCCAAAUCUUUAAUGCCUGACCCCGCCCAGCUUCGCAUCAGAGGUUUGAAGAACGGGAAAGUAUUGCAAGACUGCGGGCUGGACGAUUUAAUUUUCAGCAUUCCGAAAAUCGUCAGCUUCCUCUCUCAAAGCUCUACUCUACCAGCUGGGACAGUGAUUAUCACUGGUACCCCAGCUGGUGUGGGUGCUGGGAAGAACCCCAAGGUUACUCUCAAGCAAGGUGACACAUAUUCGGUCGAACUUCAGCCAUUCAUCGGAACGUUGAUCAACGUAUUUGAAAACGAGGCAUGA